AUGCCGACUGACGUGGAACUGGGAUGGGCUGAACGCAAACGGGAGAAAUACAAAGAUGAAGUUAUACAGCCAGUAGGUAACGCUAUUCCUGGAGUAAGAUAUCUAUCGGAUCUUCUAAAACCGAUUGAUAGCAAAAGGCAGAUGGGUUAUAAUGAGGACGAUCUUCCGCCUUCUUUCCGAGUUCCUAAAUCUUUUGCUGAGGUACCUCAGGAGUUACUGGGCAAGGACGGUUUCCCUCUGGGGGGAAAUUGGCUUCACCCGGAAUAUCAGCAGUUUGGGUCUGGCCAGAUGGCGAAGGAAUAUAAGGCGCGGAUUGCAAAGGAAGCAGCAGCCAAUAAAGAAUUGGAAGAACUCCACCUACUGGACGUGGAAAAACGGUUGAUGAGGGAAGUGGGUACCAAGGCAGAUAUGAAAGCACCUGAGCUAGUCGACACGCUGCGAAAGCUGGAACAAAAUAAGGAGGGCGAAGUGAAAUGCAAACUAGAUGAGGAUGUGUUUGUUGGCUUGAUGGAUCAUGACCACGAUGUGAAAAGAGCUCCGGCUUCAUUACCAUCACUCUACGACCUAGAGGUGGGCAGGGAGCCUACUAUAUUUCCUAUACCUGGCAAAGUGCGCCGAGCGAGAAAACCACGGCAUGUUACUCGGGCAACUAAGGCAACCCAGGAACGCCGGACCGAUAUCUCUGCGGCGUGUGAAAGCAAGAAGGAGGACAAAACGUUCAAACGAGAGUUUCGAAGGUUUGAUGAUCCAGUCUUGCCCAUCAAUGACUACGAGAGGACAAUGGAUAUAGUCAAAAACCUGUAUUUCAUUUAUGACCACGGCCAUGGCCAGUUCAUAGAUAGAUCGUCAAAAAAACUUAUAUGUACAUUUCAAUACGAUGACCUGGAGAAAAUGAAACCCGAAAUCCGCAAUGUACAUCAGAGAGAUGUUGAUACAAUAAUGAUGGCAACCGACUUAUUCCUGCGCAUGCCAACCCCCAAAAGCUCGACGUCAGCAACUAAUCAAGGCAAUCUGAGUCGAGUAUCAAUCUCAAAGUCCCCAUGCGUUCCUCCACAUGACCAACCGUUACCUCCUGAAACGCCUAGCUCCUUGCACGAGGUUGAACCUACCGAUGAUUCACAUACCCAACAACCGAGAUUGACGGCAAGCUCAUGCAAAUCUGCAUCUAACUUAAGACCUUCAACUGUGCACCAGGUACCGACCACCCUAGAUGACCUCCUCUCAGCUUACCGGACUUAUUCGAAUGGGGGUGAAGACUCACCUCUGACAAGUCUUCCUCCAUCAGAUGCGGAGGAUGACUCACCUCUAACAUCCUACCCAACAUUGGAUGUGGAGGAGCCAGACGCGACUACUCGACCAAAGGUUAGGAUAACCAAUGGGCUACCCACCAAACUGCUUGAUCAUAAAUUACAAAGUAUCUUGGAACAUAGACAAACUUCAAUCGUAGGACUUGAUACUCCUCUCAGGCAUCUCGAAACCUUGAAAGCGGGCGAGUUGAAGCCAUCUAAAUCUAAAUCAAAGAAGGCUACACAUUCACUUCAAGAAAAACGCAAAGUGCAAGUCACGACUAACGGGGCUCUGAUCCAUGGGAAGAUGUUCUGUUUGGGACAGCGUGCUGGAUUUAAACGUGAUAUUUUAUAUUCGCCCUACAUCCCUUGUGAAAAGGCGUCUCGGUCACUCUACGAAGUAUUCCUCAAUGAACUACCAAUCUUUGGCAAGGACUUCGGAUCACGCUACGAGGCGUUUGCGGAUAAUGCAUUCUUCACCUCUAGAAGCCAGCUCAAGGCGCUCAAAGCCCCUCCAAUGACUGCGGUAUCGAAGCAUCAAGAACCAGGCCCUUACGACUUCGCCGGCAACUUUGCCUUUACUUUCCAUAAUUUUUUCAAUAUGCCUCAUACCGAUAACGAUAAAGGAAAAGUUUACUGUGUGUGGUACCCGAUGGACUCAGCUAGUCGUAAAAUCGUUACCAUGGCUGAAGGAUUCAUUCUAGUAGGCGGGUUCUUUCUAUUUCCAGAGUACAGAAUUGCCUUCAACUUUGGGGCAAAGUACGUCGUCCAGAUCUCUUGGAGUGGGAAGAGUACGUUUCACCAGACUCUUCCUUCCUUAGAGAACGAGAUCGUAGGACCAGAUGGUCAAAAGACACACUAUACACGCUUGGGGUGUUCUUCUCAAAUCACAUCCAGCAUGGCACGGGCCGCGGCAAAGUUAGGAACUAAGAAACAAUACAACUAUUGUUCAAAAUGUGACCGUAAAGUAUUGGAUUGCCUGGAUCUGUUAGGAUCCAAUGGUAAGGUGUGGAAGAACUAG